GACAAAAGAUUCUCUCCCUCCCCUCUGUGUUUCUCAAAUAUUUUUCUCCUUCUUUAUCAUGCAAAGCCCGCUUCUAGUCUAUAUAUAGCCCUACCUCCUCCACCUCCUUUACAACACAUCAACAACAAAGAGAAAAAGGCCACCACCACCGUUAACAAAGACCCAUAAUCACUUCUCUCUUCUUAUUCUCUCCAAAUUAAGUCCAAACAAACCAAAAUGGUUGAGAACUACCCGUUUCCCACAUACUUCAUUCUCCUACUAAUAACCAUAACACGUUUGAUCUCCACAGUGGGAAAAACGGAGCAAUGGAACAAAGCUCUGCUCCCCCAAGAGUUAACCACUGUGGAGGAAAAGCUAUCAAACGCGCUCCGUUACGACCCUGAAGCCCUGGAAGGAGCUUCAAAGGACUACGGCAACCUCGUACGCGAUGUCCCAUUAGCGGUGUUUCGUCCAUCAUCGGUGUACGACAUAGUGAGGCUGAUAAAGGUGUCGUACAAUAGCUCUGUCCCUUUGCGCAUAGCGGCGAGAGGGGAAGGGCACUCCACUCGCGGACAAGCGAUGGCACGUGAGGGUGUGGUGGUGGACAUGGCGGGGUUGAGAAAGGGAGAGAAUGGGGUUGGAAUAAGGGUCUCUGUGGACCCUUUGGUUGGUUACUAUGCUGAUGUUGGAGGGGAGCAAUUGUGGAUUGAUGUGCUUAAUACAGCUCUUGAGCAUGGACUUGCACCUCUUUCUUGGACUGAUUACUUGUACUUAACUGUGGGAGGAACUCUCUCCAAUGCUGGCAUCAGUGGCCAAACAUUCCGCUAUGGACCUCAAAUCACCACUGUUCGUCAAUUGGAUGUUGUCACUGGAAAAGGAGAUUUUGUGACCUGUUCUUCGGAGACGAAUUCGGAGUUAUUUCACGCGGUUCUUGGAGGCUUAGGACAAUUUGGAAUUAUAACAAGGGCAAGAAUUGCUCUUGCGCCAGCACCGAAGAGGGUUAAAUGGGUGAGACUAUUGUACAAUGACUUUUCUGCUUUUGCCAAAGACCAGGAACAAUUAAUCUCAAUCGAUGGAAGGAAACAAAAUUUUGCAUUGGAUUAUUUGGAAGGGAUGCUACUAAUGCACCAGGGACCCAUAAAUAAUUGGAGAUCUUCUUUCUUCCCUUUAGCCGACCAUCCCCGAAUAAUUUCGCUAGUAACUAAACAUAGCGUCCUCUAUUGCCUAGAAGUUGCCAAAUAUUAUGAUGGCCAAAAUGAAAACAAUGUGGACAAGGAACUCCAAGUUUUGCUCCAAGGACUAAACUAUAUCCCUGGAUUUUACUAUGAAAAAGAUGUCUCCUAUGUUGAGUUCUUAAAUAGAGUCCGAAGUGGAGAGUUGAAGCUUCAGUCACAAGGACUGUGGGAUGUUCCUCAUCCGUGGCUUAAUAUGUUUAUACCGAAAUCUCAAAUAUUGGAUUUUGACUCGGGCGUGUUCAAGAAUAUCAUCCUUAAACGAAACAUCACCACAGGACCUGUCUUGGUUUACCCCAUGAAUAGAAACAAGUGGGACAACAGGAUGUCAGCAUCAAUACCAGAUGAGGAUAUCUUCUACACAGUUGGAUUUUUGCAUUCUAGUGGGUUUGAUAAUUGGAAGGCCUAUGAUGCUCAAAACAGAGAAAUUUUGCAAUUUUGUAAUGAUGCUGGGAUCAAGGUUAAGCAAUAUCUUCCCCACUAUCGCACACAAGAAGAUUGGGCGAACCAUUUUGGCCCUAAAUGGAGAACUUUCUUAGAAAGAAAACACCAGUUUGAUCCAAGAAUGAUUCUAUCACCUGGACAAAGAAUCUUCAACAACAAUUAAACUAGCUUUUUUAAAUAUUUUCACUAAUAAAAAGAUGUAAUAUAUGGUGGUACUACCUCAGUUAGCUAGCUGGCUUGGAACAAGUGUACACAUAGGACCCAAACUUCAGAUGAUAGCUUUUGUACUUUUUUUUGUUAAGAGGGUGGGGUUAAAAGCUGCAUGACUUUGGCAUAUAUAUAGAUCAGGUUACACAUACCUUAGAUACGUUAGGUUGACAAAAUCAUGUGUGAAAGAUGCACACAGCUAGCUGUACCUUUCUUUCUUUCUCUCUCUCUCUCUGUCCCUCACUUUGUCUAUCACUAAUUAAAAAGACUAGUAGUUUAGAAGCUACCGAAGAGUUGACGAUUUUUAUCACGUUCUAAUCCUAUAUUAGUUCUUAAUG